AUGUAUGCACUUAGAGAAUGGACAUUGCAAACUGAGAUAGGGGUCUUUGAGGCGGAGGUAGUGAGGGACCCGUCCCCAACUGUUGAACGGGAAUGGUUGAAGACCCAGAGAGCUCUCGUGGUUCAGAAGAGAUUAGUUGAUAGGGAAGCCACCAUAUUUGAAUUUGGGGACAAAAACGGACGGCAGACUCCGUGCCGCCUCUUCCCCACGGGCUGCAAGUUGUCUCAGUUCAGAUACUUGGGAGUAGAGGUUUCUUCUUGUGUGACGGAGUUUGUCAGGUUGAAUUUAACACCGGUGUUGGAGUCUGUGUCUGAUAAAUUACAGGCUUGGUCCUCCUUACCCUUCUCUUUGGCUGCAACCAAUCACACCUCAGGUUUCAUUUUACCAGUACAAUCUGAGAAAGGAAAACUGAGAUGUGAUUUGGUUGCAAUGGAAAAACCAAACAGUUUUGUCCUUAGGCAGACUGUGUUUGGAAAAGCGAUUCAUUCCCUUUCACGAAUCGGUGAUGAGUUGUGGUUUGACCCAUUAGAUAAAGGUCUCGCCUUGAGAGUAGUGAAUACUUCCAGAUCAGCAUACGCCUGUAUCUUUUUUUCGUCCUUCUUUUUCCAUAGCUACCAAAAAGCCUUUAUCCAUGAACAAGGUCAAGGACAUGUUCCCCUGCAACUAAAUUUAAAAUUCUCAAUAAAGACAGUUCUUCCUGUGUUUCGAAGUCUGAGUACAUUGGACAGGAAUGUGGAAAAAUGCCACAUUUGCUAUUCUUUUGGUUCAUGCCACAUGGUUUUUCAGUUGUUCUACAAAAAAGGUCUUACUAAAACUUAUAACUUGACCUAUGAGGACUGUGAGCCAAUACAAGCAGUGUAUUCGAAAAGCUUGUGUCCCAAUGUACUAAAGAUCCAGUCCAGGGCAAUAUCUGAUAUUGUAAUCCACUUUCCAUCAUGUCAGGAGGAAGUCACACUUAGUUCUACCCCCAAUAAAAUUAUAUUGAAGAGCUAUAGUGAGGAAAAUCCUGGCUUAUCAAAGUGUAUGCAAACUGAAAUUCACUUAGGUCCUGAUGAAUUUAAUGACUUCCAAAUUAACAUUGACUCUUCUGAUGUAACAUUUUGUUUAAAGGAAUUCAGGGGCUUCUUGUCAUUUGCAGAGGCAACCAGUGCUGUUGUUACAAUUUAUUUCAGCAAACCAGGAGAACCAAUAAUAUUCAGCAUUGAUGAUAUGGUGUUUGAAGCAAACCUUGUUCUGGCAACAUUAGAAGAAAUGGAUGAAUCACCUUCUCAAAAAUCCCAUGACAUAGUAAUUGGGUCUACACCUUUAGUGCACAAAGCUAGAGGAACUUUGUCGAAAAGCAAAGAUAGUAAGAGUAACAAGGAACCAGAACUUACUGCGAGUCCUGUGUUGAUGACUGAAACUGCUGCUGGUAACUCAAAUCAGCAUACAACAGAAGAGCCAUUUCCUACUACAUCUUAUAACAAGUUUUGUUCUCUGUUUUUUGGAGCAGUUUCAACUGAACAGCAAGACAAACAUCACCAACUAUUCUAUAGUCUGGCAACAGCUAGUGAAGAUGAGGAUGAAGGAUGCUGCAGAGGACUCUCACAGACAUUCUAACUAUGCCGCAGUUGGACUAUAAUUGUAAAUGGCCUAGCACAUUGGCCACAUUAAGUCACUUGUAUUCUAACCCUCUAAAAGCAGCUAUUAAAAUACAAUGUUAAAACCAA